UUAUCACGGUAGCCAAUAUUUUAUGAUUGAAGAUUAAGUCUGCCACUCAAGUUGUAGAUAACGAAAUUGACGUCUAAACCUCUAAUUGUCAGUUACACUUUUGUUUAAGGUUAAUAUAGGGACGGAGGAGACAUAGAAAGAAACAAGUAAGAUGCUAAGCUCGACUUUCUUUGUUUAAGUUCGUUUGGGUUAAAUCCGCCCAUUAAAUUUAACUCCCCUAUGGCCGGCGCCAUGGAUCUCGUUUCACUUAAAAACGGCCGUCCGAACUUAGGUCGUUUGUCCCCGACCACACGUUCAAUGAAGCCGGCGCGGCCAUUCAGAUAAAAACAAACUCAACUAGUAAUUCAUCCAUUCAUUUCGUAAAAGGCAAACGUCGUCAGCUAUCUUUUUUUCCUUUUCUUUUCGUUUGGUUUUGUUUUGUUUUGUUUGUGAGAACGUCAUCAUCUCAUUUCCAAUCCACAAGCAAGCAAAGCAAGAGUGAAGGAAACAGGGACCGCCGUCCAGUCCUCCUGUUUCUGGCUUUCUUUCUUCUUGUUCUAGGUUGAACAAUUCCUAGGUUACUCUUGUGGGUCUCUUUCCUACGAACUUUCAUUUACUUCCGUUCCCUCUUGUGUUUUUUUUUUUUUUUUUUUUGCUGGGUGGGUAAUGACUAAUGAGAGGUUGCAAUUGUUGAUAAACUCCAUUCUUUCCCCAAAUUGUAAUUCAGAUGCAUCAAACACCCACGUACACCUGCAAAUUUGGUUGAUAGUUAGAAAGUCUGCGGGUUUGGCUCUGUUAAGUGCAAAUUAUGUGCUAUGUUACGUACCUGGCCGAUAAAGUUUCCGUCUUUUUCCUCUUGGCUCUGCUUCCGUACGGAAUGGGAUACACCAGGAAGCUGCAGUCUUAACUAACUCUUGAGUCUCUUUGGCGUGCGAGAACUGCAGUUUCCUGGUAGGUUUGGUCAAGUUUUCGUUGAUUGGGGAUUUGGGUAAGAGCCAAUUCGUGUUGUUGGUUGGUUGGUUGGUUUGGGGAAGCAAAAUGAUAAUUAGUCUUCAAUCUUCCACCACACUGCUGCUGUAAGCUUGUGGUUCCAUAUCCCAAGGCAAGCAUUUUUAUUUUCUUCAGAAUCAUGUGGUUUGACUCGGUCUGAUCAUAAUGACCCAAUUCAAUUCAGCCUCGAUACGGAUUUGAACUGACUGGAUGCUUGUUUAACUGACUCACAGAUUCAUUUCUCACACCUGGUUUCAAUGGGGUCUGAUGUCACGGAGCAAGCAGAGGUUCCUCUUCAAUUCCAUUCAUUUAAGGUUCAUCAUUUGAUGUGUGCUCAGUUGAUGAUGCUGGUAGAAAGAAUUACACAAAUAAAACCACAAAUAGAAGCCUCCCGACCUCGAUGCUCAUCUGGGAUACAUGCACUGGUCUCAUUGGGCUCUGCCCUUGACAAGGCUAAUCAACUUCUUCAGUAUUGCUCUGGGUCAAGCAAACUAUACUUGGCAAUGACUGGAGAGGCAAUGGUUGCCAAAUUUAUGAGAUCGCGGAAGCAAUUAGAACAAAGUUUGGGGCAGAUUCAGACGAUGGUCCCUGUGAUCUUGGCUACUGGGCUCUCUCCAAUUCUCGAUGACCUUGAAGCAGCAAACUUUGUGAUGGAUCCCUCUGAAGAGGAGGCGGGGAAGGUAAUGCUUGAGUUGCUUCGUCAUGGAACAGAUUCAGCAGAAUCUCAAAGUAGUGUUUUUCAAGUUGCACUCUCAAAGCUUCGUAUCACAUCCCAAAGGGACUUAGUAAUUGAGGUGAGAUCUAUCAAGAAUCUUCUCAACACAGUUGGUGAGAGCAGCCCAAACAAAACAAAGAUCUUAAAGACCCUCUUGUAUCUCUUAAAGAAGUACAAGAACUCGGUCUCAGUGAAAAACAGAAAUGGUUACCAUGAAGGAACAACGUUUAUUCCUAAUAAUACAAACGAUGCUUCUGUGCACAGUCGACGGAUAAAUCCAGGAUUAGGAAACCAUGAUAAAGAUGGCCGACAGCCUGAAAUAUUGUCAAGUGAUGCUGCUGCACCACCUGAAGAGUUUAGAUGCCCUAUAUCAAGGAGAGUGAUGUAUGAUCCUGUCAUCAUUGCUUCUGGACAAACAUAUGAAAGGAUGUGGAUACAAAAGUGGUUUGAUGAUGGCAACAGCACAUGCCCUAGGACGAAAUUGAAGCUGGAGAACCGUUUCAUGACUCCAAACACCGGUAUGAAAACCCUUAUAUCAAAGUGGUGUGCAAACUAUGGAAUCACCGUUAUGGAUCCAACUACACAACCAUUGCAGUCAUUGGAUCUUUCUUCUGAUUCCAUUGUUAGUUUAAGCAGUUCUAUGAAUGAUAUUGCUCAACUCGAUAUCAGCAAUGUAUCGCUAGCUUCUUUAGAAGCUAGUUACGGCUUUAAUGGCUCAAGAUCGGAGCUAAUGCCUGAACAUGGCAGCCUUGAUAAGUGUGAGUAUCAUGCAAAUAUGUGUGAGAAGGAUGUGGAGAUAUUAUCUCGGCUGUCAGAGCUUCCUUGGGAUUACCAGUACAAGACUGUUCAGGAUAUAAAUAGCCGCCUGAAUAAUUGUAUUUGUCAACCUUGGGUUUCUGAGUCGUCGAGAAGUUUUAUUGAACCGCUGGUUAUACAUUUGAGAAAUGCUCUUCAACGGUGUGAUUUACGAGCCCAGAAGAACGGAUCCAUAUUGCUUCUUGCACUUGUGGACAAAGCUGGAAGCGGGGUAUCACAAUUGCAGGAAGAUGCAUACAGUUUGCUGGCAUCUUUCCUUGACUGUGAAGUAAUUGAAGAAACUGUCGCAAUAUUAGACACGCUCUCUGCCCACCAAAGCUGCAGGUCCAAAAUCGAAGCAUCUGGUGCCAUGGUCUCUCUGCCCAAGAUAUUUGACCGUGAGAGGAAGGAGCUACAGGAACAGGUGAUCAGAAUCUUGUGCAACUUGUCCUCGUCAAGCAGUGACGUCUGUUCCAAGUUAGCUUCUCUUGAAUGUUUUAUUCCGAAGCUGGUUCCUUUCAUUAAGGAUAGCAGUGUUGCGAGACACUGCAUCCUUCUGCUCAAGAACUUGUGUGAUACGGAGGAGGCUCGGGUUACUGUUGCUGAGACCAAUGGCUGCAUCUCUUCAAUCGCUGAACUGCUGGAGAGCGGGAGUAGCGAGGAACAAGAGCAUGCAGUGACUGUCCUCCUCUCUCUAUGCUCUCAGAGAGUUCAGUACUGCCAUUUGCUGAUGGAUGAAGGCGUGAUUCCUAGCCUUUGUUGCAUCUCGUUAAAUGGGAAUGACAAGGCUAAAGUGAGUGCAUUGGAAUUGCUUCGGCAGUUGAGAGAUGUGGUCCCUAAUGAAAGCAGCGAGCAAGAAAGCAGCUAUCUUCCUCCCAAUUGCCUUGGUGGUGCCGCUGCUCUUGUAGAGGUUGUUUCUCCUUGUCGUAAAGGAAGGAAGCAAGGAUUCUUAGGGAAUCUAGCUGGAUAUCUUACAUCCAGAAAGAAGAGAGAGAUAAAUGGUUAGAUCAACAAUAUUUUCUUUUCACGUUUAGGUGUUCUCAUUGUUUUUUGACAUGAGAAGAACCAAGGAUUUACCUGGUUGAAUCUGUAGUUAGAUAUAACCACAUACCUGUUUUGGUAAGUGGCUAUUUUUGUUUGUUUGUAGCAUAACUUGGUUUUGUUUUUCAUUUUCCUUUCAUUCCGAUGCCUACUGAGGCUGUAUAUUUUUGGUAGGAUGUAAUUAUACAUAUACAUAAGGCUUUGUUCGAGGUUCAAUUCCAAUGUGAAAUGGACUCUUUGUUAAGAAGAAUCAGAGGUUUUGAUUGUUUCAGCUGCUGACAGUGUUCAACCUGGGACAUGGAUGCACUUGCGGAAGAAAGCUACUGGGAUUCU